AUGUCAAUCGAAAAUCUCAAGACCUACGACCCCUUCGCCGAAGCCGACGAGGAAGGAGGACAGACUGUCCAGACCCAGGAAUAUAUCCAUAUUCGCAUUCAGCAGCGUAAUGGCCGCAAGACCUUGACGACCGUUCAAGGGAUCCCGCCCAAGUUUGAUCUGAAGAAGAUUCUAAAGGUCGUGAAGAAGGAGUUUGCCUGCAAUGGCACCAUCAUCAGUGACGAGGAUUCCAAGGGUAUGGGUGAGGUGAUUCAGCUCCAGGGCGAUCAGCGCACCAAGAUCAAGGAUUUCCUCACCAACGAGGACGAGGGUUUGGCCCUCGAUGAGAAGACCAUCAAGGUCCACGGCUUUUAA